UUUAUUUUUCCAGAUGUCACUCACCUUCAGGUAUACCCUCAAUCUUCUCCAGUUUACCUCCCUAAUAUCUGUAACUAAUACCUCUAACCUUCUCUCUAUUUUUUCAGGUAAAAUUGACGAAACAAAAUUAAUCGACUACAUCAAAUUAAAUUAUUACAACAAAUUCACUUCCCUUUCAAAUUUUUUAAACAAAAAUUACAACAUUCCUCUAAACCCAACUUUAUCCAAUUUAUCAUCUUCACUUCGCUAUUAUGGUAUUGGAUCUUUAGAAGCUGUUGAAAUUUGUUUUUAUCUCGAAAAUUUUUCUUCGUCAAAAAAUAUUUUUGAAACUUUUGGGGAUAAAAUGCAAUUUAUUUUGGAUGAAAACACUACACUUGGAAAUUUUUUAAAAAUUUUUGAAAAUUGUCAAGAAAAUGGAAAUCAAAUAAAUAUUGUCGAGGAUAUUGGAAAAGAAGAAAAAUGCAAGGAAUUUUUAUUAAUUAAUUCAACUGUAAAGUCAAAAGAAUGUUGGAAUGUUGAUUUAGGAAAAUGUGUUGAUGGAACCCCUGUUUAUUCUGAUGGAGUCAUCUAUGCCGCUUCUCAUUUAGGAGUACUUAAAGGAAUUUCCCUUACUUCUGGCUCUACAGUGUUUAAUUAUUCAGCUGAAAAUGAACGUUUUGAAGCUGGAUGUAUUGUAAAUCAACAUUAUAUGGCUAUUGGUAUUUGGUUAAAAUUUUCUGAUUUUUUCAUUUAUUUAGGUGGAUUUUCUGGCAAUUUAUUAGUUUUUGAAAAUAAUUUAAUUACAAAUCAGCAACCCUUGUUAACAAUUUCAUGUUCUAGUGAAAUUCGAAUGACGCCAAUUUUUGAUGAAAAAUUUAAUUUAAUUUGGGGAGAUUAUUUUGGAAUUAUUUACAAUUUAAAUAUUCAAAAUGGAGAUUUGAAACAAAUUUUUAAUUGUACCAAACAUUCUUUUGGAUCGCUUAGAACAAGUCCUUUACUUGACAACAAUUUGAUAAUUUUUGCAACUUUAAAUGGAUUUCUUUUUGCUAUUGAUAAGGUAAUAGAUACUAGGGAUAUCACGGAUUACCCGAAACCCUUGAGACCCAAACUUUUUUUCGACCCGAAGCCUAAAUGUUUUUCCGAAACGAACUUCGAUCUGAAGAAAAUUUUGAAAACCCCAACCCGACUUUUUCGACUCAACCCGUAACAAACUUGACACCCUACACCAUUUCCCCGCUUCUAAUCACUCUUUACUAAAAUUAAAACAAAUUAACCAUAGAUUAGUGGACAGCUUUAUUGGCAAACCAAACUUGAUUCACCCAUCUUUGCU